AAUCAGAAUCGGACGCAGAUCAGAGAGAAACUAAAAUCUACUGACAGGAGAGAAAAGUUCAUGGUGGAGUUUCUGAGGAGCGCGGAGGAGCACAUGAAGCCCAAGCUGAACAUGGAAAGUUUGAGCAAGCCGGAGUUGCUGAUGCUUUUCAGCAUCCUGGAGGGAGAGCUGGAGGCCCGGGACCUGGUCAUCGAUGCCCUGAAGGGGCGAGUUCCAGAGCUCUGGAGGAGGGUCACCGGCAGACUGAGCUGAGCCGUAAACUCGACAAGGAAAAGGACGCAUGUCACGCCUUGGAAAAAGAGCUGGAGGAUGAGAGGAGGCGAACGCUUCGGAUGGAAGCGCGAGUGGAGGAGCAGCUGGCUGAGUUUGACACGGAGCGAGAGCAACUCCGCUCACGCUUAAAGAAGGAGGAGGCUCACUGUCAAAAGCUACAACAGCAGGUAGAGGAGCUGAAGAGGAAUCUGGAGGAGGUGAACAUGGUGACAGAUGCGGCACCAGUUGAGGAAGAGGAGAAGGAGUGGGCCACCAAAGUUCCUCCAGGAAAAACAACAGUAGACACUAUCGAUAUCGAGGACAUUGAGGAAGACAGAAACCAGCCCUUGCAACCAAAGGUCAACGGUCAUCAUUGUCCAAUGGAGACCAACGGGCACCACGGCCCAAACAACGUUCUCUCAGAGCCGAUGUGCCAAGAGAACGGGAAUGAAACCCCAGUUCACCAGAACCAGAGGUCAUUCUCCCCCUCCGCUCUGCCUCCUUCCUCCCCAUGCGCCUCACCUGUUCUUGCCAAACGUCCAGCAGGCAGCCCCAGUCCUGGUAGCUACCAGUCUCCCUACCAGGCCGGGAUCAACCAGCGCUUCCAUGCCGCUCGUCACAAGUUCCAGGGUACGAUUGACCCAGAACCUCAGUCCCAGGCCGCCCCGCCGGCUCCUCCUCUCUCGCCAAAGGAACUCCCCACUGUGACCAGCACCUCCUCCCCGGAGGUCAGCCCAGUUAAGCAGAUGGCCCGCAGCACAGUCACCCAGGUCCUGUCUCGCUUUACUACUGUCCAGCAGAAUGCCGCACCGAAGCUCGCGGCACCAAACAACUCGCCCUUUGGUACAGACUACCGCAGCCUGGCAGCGCCCUUGUCUCCCGUCAUCGGAAGGGCAGCGGUGGCUCUUCCCCAGGGGAUCAGAUCCCCCAUCAUCCCCAGGGCGGACAGGGGCAAUCCUCCACCCAUCCCCCCUAAGAAGCCCGGCCUGGCACAGGCCCCUCCGUCCCCGGCGACGGUUCCCAGGUCUUCCGGCCAUUUUUCCGACAGCCCCCUCUCAGGCAGCUGUGGCCUCACCUCCAGUCAGGAGGGAGUCAAAGAACUGGACAUUGUGGUUUCAUCCAAUUAAGUGAUCACAAUGAAUUUGUCAGCUGCUGCUCUGCUCGUGACAUCACAGUUUGAACCACAUCUCAAAAUUGAGAUUGAGACAUUGUUUUGCAUGAGACAGGAUUUAUAUCCUGUGUUUAUUUGAAUAAAGGUCCCCUCAAACACUGUUACGUUAUUUGUAUUUAUUAGAAUUUUUUAUCAUAGGACUUAAGGCACUCGUUUAGGUAUUGGUUAAGGAGCUGAUGCUAAUGUGCAGCUACAUCUGAUAGUUUAGUUUCCAAAUGUGCCAACACCAUAUGCUGGUGGUUACAGCUUCCUGCUACAGUCUUUUUAAUGGUGUGUUAUUUCCAAAGAAAACAACUUAUUAACUAACAAUGUGUUACUUCUUUCCCUCAUUACUUUGUCUCAAGUUUAUAUGUGGAUUUUAAUUACAACAAAUAAUCGUCAUAAAUACUCCUUGGACCAAUGUAUGCUACAUAGUCCUGUUUCAUUGUACAGAAAUGUUUAUAAAAGUGUAUAGUUUAUUUUAUAUUUGUUCCUUAGUGUAUCAUGUAUAAUAGUUUUAUACAACAGAUAUUCUGAUCAGUGUUAUACAUCAUUUAGUAUUUUAAUGUUGUUAAUAAUGAUAAAGAUCAUGUAGAUUACAUGCAGUCACCAUGAGUGAUGUUUUUUUUAUUGGUAAUAUUCAGAGAGCAGGGUGGCUGAUGGUUGAUAUAAUGAUAUAAUAUUGAUACUAUGAACAAUUUAACCAUAACACGAGACAGAAAUUAGCCGAACUUUUUAAACAAUUAGUCACUUUUCAAUUUUCACUUCAAUGUCUGCAGAUAUUUUCUGUUACCGUUGUACAAUAUGUUUAAGAUGCUGAUGUCUUGCCUUUGUCAUUUAUAAAGAAAAACACUGCAAAUAUCA